AUGGCGAAGGCCGCUGCUAUGAACCAUACUGUACUUUUGCUGCUGCUGCUCACCACGCUCUCGGCGGCGCACAAACACCACGACCAACUAUCUGAGGAGCAAUCCAAAGCGCCCACCGAUGCUAUCCUCUGGAUCCACAUACUUCUCCAGGCUACGGUCUGGGGGAUCCUGUUCCCUGUCGGAAUGGUGCUGGGUAUCACGAGGAGCCGCUGGCACGUCCCUCUGCAGAGCACGGCGUUCGCACUAACCUUCGGCGGCUACAUCCUCGGGCACUCUCAUGGUGGACGGAUGUUCCUCCCUUCCAUCCAUGGUUCAUUCGCCUCCCUGCUCUUCAUCCCCAUCCUCCUCCAGCUCUCUUUAGGCAUCUACCUCAAACUCCACAUUCACGAGGAGACAAUACGGCCGUACGCCGUCGUAGCGCAUGGUGUGCUGGGCAAGGCGUACCCCGUGCUAGGGUGGUCGCAGAUGCUGUUCGGCGCGCUUACAUAUGGAGGCUAUUGUCGCGACGGAAAUCUGGGACAGUGUUUGGCGCAUUAUAUUAUGGGAAGCGGCUUCAUCGCCUACGGUGCGAUUAUGGCUAUUCUCUUGGUAGUUGGAGAGGCUUGGAUCAUACGGAGCGGCAGAAGUCCGGAAUGGUGGGAUUCUUGGAUUAUUAUGUUGUGGGGCAUCGCACAAGGCACUACCAUGCCACGAUCAAGUCUCCCGUACCCAUCCCCUUUCAACACAUUCACAGAGCACCGUGGCUCGACAUGGUCGGUCAAAGAUAUGCAACAUACUAUCCUCGGUGUCCUAUGGUGGACAGGAGGUCUCCUUGGUAUCUUCUUGGCUAGAAAUAACCAGCGCAACGUCGUUCCAGGGGUGAUCAUCAUCUUGACGGGAUGGGCAAUGUCCGAGCAUGCGCAGAGGCUGAAGAUCAACGACCAACUACUAUUUGCACACCCACAGGUCCACGCAACAUUUGGGCACACGCUCAUGCUCGCGGGCCUGGCACGCAUCGUCGAAAUAUGCUUCGUAGCGCCCGACUACGCUAAAUUAUCCAACCCACCCAUCCACCCUCAUCUUGCCAGCAGCAAUGGGGAAGUUGAUGUUGUCUUCGACGAAGGGGACGAUGCGGGGAGCGACCAUACGUUGGCGGAGAACAACAACAGUCAUCACGUCGUUGGUGGAUCGGGUGUGGAUGGUCGGAGAGGGGGUGCUGGUGAUACGAGUGGUGGAGGAGCUAUUGGUAGCGGCGGUAGGAGCAGGGGUGGAGGUCCGGGAAGUGCGGGUGCGGGCGUGAAGAAGGCGUUCAGACAUUUACCGCCGUUUGUGAGUACUAUGCGCAGGUUGCUCUUCAUGUCCGCCACGGACGAAGAGAUCGAGGCCGUGCACGAGAGUGGGAUGGAUCAUGUCACGUACAUUUUAAUCAUGUUUAGUCUGGCGUUCACGAUCUACGGCCUCAUACUUCUGCUCCUCCACCUCUACGCCACGACGGGUCGGCACGCCUCUUCAUCCCCUUCAUCCCCGUCCUUCUCUGGUGGCGAAGAGAUCGAGCUGAGGGACACAAGUGGCGGUGGGGGUGGCAAUAAGUGGUAUGCGAGAGUCCCGCAGACGCCUUUGACGGGCGGGGGCGGGGCACAUGUUAUUGGGGAUGACGAUGAUUGA